UGGUUGCAUUGAGUUGCCUGGGCUUGGGUUGCGCUGUUCGCAAGAGUUUUGAGAGCUACCAAAGAAACGACUUCCCCCACCGCCCGCAACCCAGGGUGUCCAACUCCGGGCCGAGAUGCCACUGGGAGUCUAGGAGAGUGCCCCCGGGCUCCAAGCAGGGUGAUAAACAGAAGAGUUGGUCCAGUUCUCACUGUGGUCACGUUGGCCAUGGAUCACGCACCACUUCCCUUGACUGUGACUUCUGACCCCAGGCUCUUCAAUCAACAACUGCCAGAGCCUCCAGAACCACAGUGCGUCUUGGAGCCAAGGGACAACCCUGAGCUGGUCCCCGCACUGGCCUGUGCCCUCUGCUGUUUCUUUGGAGUCAUCUACUGCUGCUUCGGCUACCGAUGCUUCAAGGCGGUGAUGUUCCUGUCUGGGCUGCUUUCAGGAGCCCUGGUCAUCUUCUUGCUAUGCCACAAGGAACGGGUUUUGGAGACACAACUGAGCCUGGAGGUGAGCGCAGGCAUCGCGCUGGGCAUUGGCCUCCUCUGUGGACUGGUCACAAUGCUGGUGCGAAGCGUGGGGCUCUUCCUGACUGGCCUUCUGCUUGGUCUGACCCUGGGGGCAGGUGCCCUACUAGGCACUGAACCCAUCUACCAGCCACCCUCAGCCUGGGUACCAACAGGGGGCCUGGUGGGACUGGCACUUCUAGGUGCCCUACUUACCCUACGCUGGCCUCGACCUUUCACUAUGUUAGGCACAGCCUUUCUGGGUGCAGCCGUACUGGUGGGCUGUGCAGACUACUUCCUGGAGGGGCUGGCACUGGGCGGGCGUCUGGGUCAGCGACUUCAGGCAUUGCCUGCCCUACCUCCACUCUGCUGGUACAGCUGGGCCCUGCUGGGUGCCUGGCCUGCCCUGGGGGCACUUGGGGCCCUUGCUCAGUGGAGACUCACAGCCAAGGGACACAGAGGCCAUGAUGAUGGGGUUUUGAGCCAUCGACUGAAGGGCCUCCAGCUUCUCAGGAUCCGCCAGCAGGAGGCCAAGUGGCAGCAGAAUUCUGAGGCAACGGCCAGCGAAGGCAGCUACCAUCGCCAGGUCCCACACAGAGCCCGGAGCCCAGCUGACAGCCUGGCACCGAGUUAUCUCCAGAGCCUCCGGGAUCGACAGCUGGGGCCAAGCACUAUGGGUACUCCCCAUCAUGCCAUCCUGGACCUAGACUCUGACUGUGGUUCCACCGCGCCCCUCACCACACCCCCUCGAUCCAACCAAACCUGAGCCUCUGCACACACUCACACACACACGUGCGCGCGCACACACACACACACACACAUACACACACACAUACAUGCCUUAGAGAGAAGGGUCAGAGCACCAGGUGGGCAAUGCUUGGGCAGAAGAGGUAGAAUUUUCCACUGAUAACUAUACACAAAAAUGCACAUUCCCUCUUCUCCUCCCCAGCUGUUAGACUGGCCAUGGAGGGACAGGGCAUGAAAUGUGGUCUAGCCCAGCCCUGAAGGAGAAUGUGCCAGGGUGGAGCUGGGGACAGCUGAAGGGAGAUUGAAGGAGGAAGGGGGUGGAAGAACUGAAUUUUCACCUCUGCUCAAACUACAGAGAUAGCCUCAUAUUCCUGGAUUCUCUGUCACCCCUAACACUCAGCACUGCUGCCCAAUCUACCAUGACCCCAAGCCUGGAAGGACACUUCUCCCUUCUACAACAUGACCUCCUUUUGUACCACCCAAAUCCUGUGCCACAAAGUGGGAAAAUGGGGUUUUUGAAGAUGCUACAAAAAAGCAGGGAAUUUCUAAAGACAGAUGUAACUCCUUUCUGGAAAGAAGGGGAAGGAUCUCUUUUGGGUCCCCCUGACUCCUCAAGUCUCAGGUUAAUGAAGGGGAGUGCAUUAGGACACUCAGUAUUCUUUUCUCCCACACACCUCCAGUGCCUGAGCCCCAUUCCUACCUCAUUUGGGGGCUCUGUCCUCCCUGGUGCUUUCCACUUUCCCUCCUCUCAGGCUCGUGGUGUAUGCUGGGGCAGAGUCUACUCAGACCCUGCCCCUUACUGGCUUCUUGUGGUGAAAAGAAGAGGGCAGCUCUGGGGAGAGCUGCAGGGGGUAUAAGAGUGGCAAAAUGGGAGAUGGACAGAUGCCAGCACCUUCUCUGCCUCUCAGCCCCAUAGGACACUAACAUUCUAACUGUGCCUCCACUCCAGCCACUAACCCUGGCCUAAUGUCCCCAGCCCUAUGCCAGUGUCCAUAAACUCCCCGCAUUGGAGGAAAGGGAUAAAAUGGAUGCCACGGCAGAGGGAGGGGAGAUAUCGAUGAGUUGUAAAUAAAAUGGCAUUGAAGAUUAAA